AUGCCGCCCAAGAAGAAAUCAAAAAACCCAAAGAAGAACCCCGGCGCGAAUGACGACUCCGACUUCUCCAACUCAGGCGACCCUCCCCCAACGUCCAAGGCUAAGUCCAACACCGCCCAGAAGAAGAAGGCCGCCAAAUCAACCAGCAAGGGGGGUACCUCCAAGAAGGACAAGCAGGCAGCAAGAAACGACAGUGAUGACGAGUCUGAACACCUGAAGGCGGCUCCUAAGAAGAAAGCCAAGCCCGCCACGAAGGGCAGUAGCUCUGCCACGACUACCAAGAAGGCCACCCAGGACGAGGAAAGCGAUGUCGCCAUGGGCGAUUACGACUACGAUGACUCCCCCUCAGUUUCAAAGAAGACAGCCAAAGCCACUACCGCCUCGGGCUCGAAGUCUGCCUCUGCCAAACCCGCCAAAUCGCAAACACCGCAGAAGAAGAUUUUCAAGGGCGAGAAGGGGGGGCAUGGAUCCGAGAAGAAAUCAACUAAGAAGUACCGUGCACGAUGGUAUGAUUCAAUCAGUCUCGAGCCGAGCGCCCUUGCGAAGUUUGUGGCUUCCACAGCUACCGUCAAACACAUCCCAAAGCCUCCUGGAGAGCCUGGAGAGCCUGGUGGAGGCGGAUAUACAAUUGAGACAAAGGUCCGGCUAGACCGAGCGCGUUAUGGAAAACAUUUCCGGCGAGAAUAUCUCGACAUUCAGCAAACCAUUCGCAAUUUCUGUAGGGCUGCUAAACUUCCUCCGUAUGCGCUUCUCAAGGACCAGGACCUCGCAACCAUCGGAAGAAUCAUCACGAUGGUGGCACUUAAACAUCCUUACAUGGAUUCUCGACAUUUUCCCAACCACUGGUCCAUUGCUGCAAUGCUCAAGACAUUCCUUCGGGGCCAAAGAGCAGGUGUUCGCAAGAAGGAGAAGGAGUUGGGCGAUUCAAUUCUUGCAGAGCAGGGCGAGGACGGUUCAGACAUUGACGACGAUGAAGAAGAAGGGAUUGACGCAGAGGGUCACCCCACCAAGGCAGACAUCCUCAAGGCAUUCAGUGCCAACGCUGAUAGCGACUAUGAAGACGAUCCCACUGAACCGGGGCAGUCAAAAAAGGGAAAGCAGCCCUUGAAGACGACUAAACCAAAGAAGAAGAACGCUGCCCCUGUUGUCGAGGAGGAGGAGCAGGACAAGGAGGACGAUUACGAAGCUCCUCGACCCAAGCCGAAGAAGAAGGCCGUGUCCAUCGUUGAAGAGGAGGAGGAGGACGAAGCUCCUCGACCCAAGCCAAAGAAGAAGGCUGUGCCCAUCGUCGAAGAGGAGGACGACGACGAAGCUCCUCGACCCAAGCCGAAGAAGAUCGUUCCCAUUGUCGAAGAGGAUGGCGAUGACAACGAAACUCCUCGACCCAAGCCGAAGAAGACCGCUCCCAUCGUCGAAGAGGACGACGACGACGAAGUACCUCGACCCAAGCCGAAGAAGAUCGUUCCCAUCGUCGAAGAGGACGACAACGACGACGAAGCUCCUCGACCCAAGCCAAAGAAGAAGAAGACCGCUCCCAUCGUCGAAGAGGACGACAACGACGAAGUACCUCGACCUAAGCCGAAGAAGACCGCUCCCAUCGUCGAAGAGGAGGAGAACGACGAAGUACCUCGACCCAAGCCGAAGAAGAAGGUCAUCCCCGUCGUCGAAGAGGAGGAGGACGAGGAGGAUGAGGCUCCCCGACCCAAACCCAAGCCAAGAGGAAAGGUGAGUGACCCUCGCCUCGACGAGAAUGACGCCGGCGAUAGUUCCGGUGUCUCACCUGUGGCCAAACGCAAAUCGGCAACAACGGACGACUUCUUCGACCUCUCUCACAAUCGGAAGAAGCGGAAGUUGCCAUCCAUCGCGUCGACUCCAUCAACUCGAAGCACCACCCGAAGCUCAGUCCAAGCGGGUUCAAAGGCAGUGGAGUAUUCUGGGGAUGAAUUUGAAGUCGACACCACCUCGGUCUCUUCAAAGGCUAGGGGUAAACAGAGGGCACAAGACGUUGACGACGAUAGCGAGUUCGAGUCCUGA